UCCCAUGCUGCUCAUAGCGUCCCGAGCCGUGGGCCGCGCUGCGGUCCGCACUGCGAGUGGUUUGGAUCGGUCGGGCGCUCUCACUGUCGUCAUGUCCCAGCCACCGCCGUCUCCUCGGGCUGCCUCGGGCGCCCGGGCCCGACCUGCCACGGUGCUGGGCACCAUGGAGAUGGGUCGCCGCAUGGACGCGCCCGCCAGUGCCACGGCAGUGCGCGCCUUCUUGGAGCGCGGCCACACCGAACUGGACACGGCCUUCAUGUACUGCGACGGCCAGUCUGAGAACAUCCUGGGUGGCCUGGGGCUCGGGCUGGGCGGCGGCGAUUGUCGAGUGAAAAUUGCCACGAAAGCCAACCCUUGGGAUGGAAAGUCACUGAAGCCUGACAGUCUCAGGUCCCAGCUGGAGACAUCACUGAAGCGGCUGCAGUGUCCCCGAGUGGACCUCUUCUAUUUGCAUGCACCUGACCACGGCACCCCCGUGGAGGAGACGCUGCGUGCCUGCCACCAGCUGCACCAGGAGGGCAAGUUCCUGGAGCUUGGCCUGUCCAACUAUGCCGCCUGGGAGGUGGCUGAGAUCUGUACCCUGUGCAAGAGCAACGGCUGGAUCCUGCCGACUGUGUACCAGGGCAUGUACAACGCCACCACGCGGCAGGUGGAAACAGAGCUCUUCCCCUGCCUCAAGCACUUUGGACUGCGAUUCUAUGCCUACAACCCUUUGGCUGGGGGCCUGCUGACCGGCAAGUACAAGUACCAGGACAAGGACGGGAAACAACCGCUGGGCCGCUUCUUCGGGAACAGCUGGGCUGAGACCUACAGGAAUCGCUUCUGGAAGGAGGACCACUUCAAGGCCAUUGCCCUGGUGGAGAAGGCCCUGCAGGCCACCUAUGGCACCAGCGCCCCCAGCAUGACCUCGGCCGCCCUGAGGUGGAUGUACCACCACUCGCAGCUGCAGGGCGCCCAGGGGGACGCGGUCAUCCUGGGCAUGUCCAGCCUGGAGCAGCUGGAGCAAAACUUGGCUGCAGCUGAAGAAGGGCCCUUGGAACCAGCUGUUGUGGACGCUUUUGAUCAAGCCUGGCACCUGGUUGCUCAUGAGUGUCCCAACUACUUCCGCUAGGCCCUGACAUGGCUCAGGGUACCAAAGACUUUUCUAUCUCCUCUCUUGUUCUCUCACUCUGGCCAGUCUUUGCCUUAAGCUGACUUAGCAUGGUCUUUCCUGGUUGUUUUGAUCAUGCAGUAUUUUUCUAGAUUCCUGCCUUCUCCCUGCCGCCUCUGUGAUGAGAGGGUGCUGGAGCCGAGGCCCACACCAGCAUUUCCUGUCUGAACAGAGCAGGCACUCGGCUUGGCUGCAGCUCGGACCUGGGCAGAACCACAGGCUCAUCUUCUGCUGCUCAUCAAGAGGAUUUCCCACCUGCCUGGGGACCUGCAAAAGGGGCUGGCACCAUGAGCUGGGGUCUCCAGAGAGCAAAGGAAGUGGGAAGGUCUCAGGAACAUGCUGCCCUUGUAAGGGUCUCCUCGCCUGAUCUCCAGCCUGAUUGCCCAGUCUUUUACUGGUGAUAGAAAACGGGCCAUGCACCCCGGAAGUAGUUUCCGCUCAUUCAGAAUCAACUCACUCAAUAGAAACGACAGUCUGGGCAAAUGCUACCAUUAGUGUCAACACUAAGAAGAAUAAAGAAGUGUCUCAGGAUGCUGUGGACCUCUCUCUUUGUUUCUGAAAUGAGGUCCUGCUGUUUCGCCCACAAGGGCCUCAAACUCCUGGGCUCGCGCAACCCUCCCACCCAGUCCUCAGGAGCAGCUGGGCUGCAGGGGCACACGCUCUCAGUGUCAGCAAUGGCUUUGCUCUUGUCUUAGUGAAGCCUCUUGCCAGGUCAUCCUUGGGAUGUUUGGCCUUCACUUUGAGCCUCCUGUUGGAGGUGGGGACACAGCGGUAUUAUAGUUUGGAUCUGGAAUGUGCCCCAAAGGCUCAUGUGUUGAAGGCUUGGUCCCCACUGUUGGAAACUAGGAGGUGGGCCCUAGUUAAAGAAGGUAGGACACUGGGCAUGAACCCUUGAAGGGUGUACUGGGAACGGGGCCCCUUUCUCUUUCUCUUCUGGCCUCCAUGUGGCAGGCAGCCUUGCUCCACCAUUGCUCUUGUCCUGACGUUCAGCCUAGCUGCAGGCCCAGAGUAACAGGAACAGAAACCUUGAAAUCAUGAACCCAAAAUAAACCUUUCCUCCUUUUAA